UCAGCCGGCGCGGUGAGAGGAGGUCGCGCUGUGAUGACGUCGCCGGCUCGGCUGGGAAGAUGAUCGGCUGAGCGGAGGCCUCUCCGGAAGAAUCGAUGGAGGAAGACUUGAAGAGGUUGCCGCUGGAGAACGCUUCGAUCCUCUCUGAGGGCUCCCUGCAGGAUGGACAUCGGCUGUGGAUCGGAAACUUGGACCCUAAAAUCACAGAGUACCAUCUGUUAAAUCUCCUGCAGAAGUUCGGGAACGUGAAGCAGUUUGAUUUCCUGUUUCACAAGUCCGGCCCCCUAGAAGGUCAGCCCCGGGGGUACUGCUUUGUGAACUUUGAGACUAAACUGGAAGCAGAAAAAGCCAUCCAGCGUCUCAAUGGGAAGAUGGCGUUGUCGAAGAAGUUGGUUGUCAGGUGGGCCCAUGCUCAGAUAAAGAGGUUCGAUAAUUACAAAAAUGAGAAGGUUUUACCGAUCAGUCUAGAACCUUCAUCAAGCACUGAGCCGGCACAGUCCUCCCUCAGUGUCAGUGCUAAAAUCAAAGCCAUCGAGGCCAAGCUGAAAAUGAUGCAAGACAAUCCCGACAGCGAGUUACCUGGCCAGCCGGCGUACUCUUACUUCAAAGCGUCGGAGAAGAAGAGGAGCAUUCCGUAUUCUCGUGUUUCCUGGAAAUCUAAAAGAUGACAUCAUCGCGUCCUUUGCGGAUUUCUGAGCGAGACUGAGCACACACACUCUGAUACCUGUAAUAAUCAUGCAGACCUCAUGCCACGCCCCCUAUCCACAGCACAGACUUUAAUCCUCUUCAGAGGGAGGCUGCUUUGUAAUAUAUGUUUUUUUUUAUUUCUUUCGUUCUUCUAUGUUGGAAUGUGUGUGUUUGUUAGUAUGACUUUUUUUUUUUCCUUAAGGCUCCAUUCACGCUUGUGCGAGCGGUCAUGCGACUUUAGACACCCAAAGUCGCCUGACAAGUGUUUCAAUGGAAGUCGUUCAAAUCUAUGCGACUUAAAAAAAAAAGGUCCCUCCACAGACUGCAAUGUAAACUCUCAAAAGUCGCAUCGUAAUGUUAUCAGUGCAACAGCCAAAGACGAACCCGUUUAAAGUUGCAUCAAAGCCGCUGCCCAUAGGCAGGUUUUUAGUGCUCCUGAAAGAUAACUUCCGGAGCUCCUGACGCUGCUCUCGGCUCCUUCAAGAGAACUGAAUUGCCUGUCCUUCCCCUUUUUCUGCCCAUUUACAGAAGCCUUUGUAUUAUGUGAUCACGUUCACAAAAUACAAAGGCUUCUGUGGAUGGGCAGAAGCAGGAGAAUCCAAGGCAUACCUGGUGUGUGUGUGUGUGUGUGUGUCUACUGAGCUCUGCAUCUUGAACAGGAGAGCCUCUGCAGCUGCUGUGCCUGCCCUUCUUCCUACCUUUUCACAGAAGUCUUUGUUAAUGCAAGCACAUUGACAAAAUACAAAGGCUUCUGUGAAUAGGCUGGAGGGGGAGAGGCAGGUAUCACUGCAGCUGCUAUGGCUGCCUCAUUCCCUCCUUCCCAUUCAUAGAAGCCUUUGUAUUAUGCAAGCACAUUGACAAAAUACAAAGGCUUCUGUAAAUAGGCUGGAGGGGCAGGUAUCUCUGUAGCUGCUAUGCUUUCCCCUUUCCCAUUCAUAGAAGCCUUUGUAUUAUGCAAGCACAUUGACAUAAUGCAAAGGCUUCUGUGAAUAGGCUGGAGGGGGAGGGACAGGUAUCUGUAGCUGCUGUGCUUGCCCCUUCCCUCCUCCCUAUUCAUAGAAGCCUUUGUAUUAUGCAAGCAAAUUGACAAAAUACAAAGGCUUCUGUGAAUAGGCUGGAGGGGGAGAGGCAGGUAUCUCUGUAGCUGCUAUGCUUUCCCCUUUCCCCCUCCCCAUUCAUAGAAGCCUUUGUAUUAUGCAAGCAAAUUGACAUGAUGCAAAGGCUUCUGUAAAUAGGGGAGGGGGCAGGUAUCUCUGUAGCUGCUAUGCUUGCCCCUUCCCUCCUCCUCAUUCAUAGAAGCCAUUAUAUUAUGUGAGCACAUUGGCAAAAUGAAAAGGCUUCUGUGAAUAGGCAGCAGAGAGGCAAGGGCGGGCAUAGCUGCUGUGUGCUUCUCUCCUCUUACAGCCGGAGUGUAAUAAACAUGUUAAAUAUAAGUAAUAGGGAUAAGUUCCGGAGGUGACACGCACCUAGUUAGACUUGAUUUACUGCCCAUCCCCUCCUUCUCAUUCACAGAAGCCUUUGUAUUAUGUGAACUCAUUCACAAAAUACAAAGGCUUCUGGGAAUGGGCAGUAGAGGGGAGGGACAGGCAUUACCCGUUGUGUGUGUGCUUCUCUCCUCUCACAGCCAAAGUGUAUCCCUUAGGGAGUGCAAUAAACCUGUCACAAGUAACAGGGAUAAGUCCCGGACGUGACAUGCACCUAGUUGGACUUAACCCAGUGUACCUGCACUCCUCUGAUGCAACUUGAGUGCCAUAGACUGCCCGCGGGUGGACUGAGCCUUAAGCUGCCCAUGCAUCGAUCUUUCAUAAGGAAAGAUUGUUUGGGAGUCCCAGAUUCUGCGAUAGUCAUCACUACGGCCUCCUUGGAGUUUUAUUAAACCCCAAAAGCAAACAAUAA